AUGACGGGGGCAGCAGCAGCAGCGUCUUCAGCAGGUGUCUCCCCUGCUCCAGCGGCAGCAGCUCCUGCUGCGCGUGGCAAUGCCUCUGCGCGAAGUCGCAAUAAUAAUCGCUCAGCAUCUAAAGGAUCUGCUGCUUGUGCGCGCCGCGUCGGGCGUCCUGUGCGCAAAGGCGGAGCAGCCUCGUGUGUCUCCGUAGCCACAGCAGAUGCAGAAGCGGCAAGCGGGAGUGGCGCGUCGUAUACCGGGACCCCCAGAAUGAAAGCAAACGGCGGCAAAAGACACAUUCCAUCAAGAAAUAUGGCUUCUAUGCGGCGCGUUCUAAGGCGGAGGAUCUUCGUAUCGAGCUUGAAAAAAUCAACGGGUGGUCCGACACAGCACAAUUUCCAAGCAGCAGAGCGAAUAGGGUCAUGUGAGAUGCCUGCAUGUCAAGGCAUACCCUUGGGAAGGGAGGAGGGGGGAGCAAUCCCAAGCGGACCGGAUGAACGAACAGAAGUAGCGAGAGAGAUUAAGACAGGUCGCUGUGGGCGUGAGGGUGAAGCGGCGUCUGCGAAGCGUUAUGCUGAAUAUCCUUCUGUCUGCGGUGUGAUCGAAGCGCCGCAUGCAGCAGCAGCAGCUGCUGCUGCAGCGGCAGCAGCAGCAGCAGCAGCAGCAGCAGCAGCAGCAGCACUGGUGACGACUCUAGAUGCGGAGGUGCCUCCAGAUGCGUCGUGGGUACUGAGAGAGAAGCAGCGAAUGCGUCUUGGGGGAUCGCAAGGAUCGGAGAAGGUGGUGUUGGCAUAUUCUCUGGAAGGCUGCCAGGCAGCCUUGCCUGCUCCUGAGGGGUCGGGUGAAGGGGAAAACAACGAGCAAGAUGCGGAGCUUCUGCACGGACAGGAAGCUCGAUUUGCGGCAGUGUCUGCGCUCAAGUUCAGUGUGUCGCAGUUGCUGCGUCAGAAGCAGCUGAAGCACACGGAAGCUCUAGACACAGACUUGCUCCAGGCAGCUCAAGUCGCAGCCGUGAGUCCAGAUGUGUCUUCCAUGGAGACGCGCUAUCUGUCAGCUCUCGAGAUGGAGGUGAUCACCAAGCUUCCAGAAGGGCUCUCGACUGCGGAGGUGCUGGGGGUGACCUCUGAACUCCCGUGCGUGCAGCGAGGCUUCGCAGACUCGAGAAAAUUCCUCGAGGAGCCUGACAUGCCGCUUUCCGCACGGGAGCACGGGCGUGCCACGGAGGAGACACGCGGGAAGGGGUUUUCCCCCCCCCAACAGACGCAGAGAAGGGAGGCAGAAGAACGAGAAUCUGCAUCCCCUAGGACCCCCUCAAGUGCAGCGUCGCGAAAUCCAAGGCGCUUGCAGGGGUUUGGCAUAUCUGAGUUGAGUGCGCGUGUGAUGGCGUCUGUGUCUGAUGCUGCAUCGCCUUCGACUUCGAGUGGCGCAUCGACAAAAGCCUCGGGACGGGUUCCACCGAACGACCCCAUCUUCAGGAAACAGUGGAAUCUGCACGAUGCAUCGCCUUUCGGAAUCCACGCGGAGAAGGCUUGGAGACUGUGGAAUGGCGAUCAGAGACCUAUGGUUAUCGCAGUCAUUGACAGCGGCUGCGACUUGAGUCAUCCCGACCUCAAAGACAAGCGCUGGAAAAAUCCCGGAGAGAUAUGCGGGGAUGGAAUCGACAACGACAACAAUGGAUUUAUCGAUGACUGUUAUGGAUGGGAUUUUGUAAACAACAACGGAGAAGUGCGGCCUGACUCCUCCGGGCAUGGAACGGGUGCAGCUGGCGUUUUAGGAUCGGUGGCGAACAACCUCGUCGGCAUGGUGGGAGUCUGUUGGGGUUGUCAGAUCAUGUGCCUGAAGUUCAUCGGCAGAGGUCAAGGCUCCGUCAGCAACCAAGUGCAAGCCAUUGACUAUGCUGUCAAGAUGGGGGCGUGGAUCAGCAACAACUCUUACGGAGGCUACGGCAAAGCCGAUCUAGAGCUCGAGGCGAUUCAGAGAGCGCAGCGUGCUGGUCAUCUCUUCGUAGCUUCUGCGGGGAACCACAAUCUGAACACAGACCUACCCGAGAAUGAUCACACCCCCUCAACAUACCCCAUCUCCAACAUCGUGAGUGUAGGCGCCCUCACUGCGGAGGGCCGGCGUGCAGCUUUCUCCAACUACGGUGUACGGACAGUUCAUCUUUUUGCACCUGGAACAAGCAUCCACACGACAGACGGCUCUGCGGGAUACUCAGACGUGAACGGCACGUCCUUUGCCUGCCCCCAUGUUGCUGGCGCGGCAGGGCUGUUGUGGUCAGCCUUUCCGAACUUAACUUACUUGGAAAUCAAGAGGGCAUUGAUGGAAGGCUGCAGACCUAAUGAGGCCCUUAAGGCAUUUUCAGGGUGUGGGGGAAGUCUCGACAUUUACAGAGCUUUAGUUGUUGCCGGUAUGCAUGCACGAGCGCAGAAUCAAUCCUCUGUUUGCUCCUCGUUUGCCUCUGCAGCACAUAUUUCGAGCGGCACUCCCGUUAACAAUGCAGCUCUCAAUCGCGCUACUCUUCAGCUCCCUGCUCCACAUGCCGCCGCUGCAGCUGCAAAUCGGACGGGAGCCGCUCUAACGCAGCAGCAGCAAAAGGAGAAGCGUGGAGGACGCACUCAGGAGCUCCCCGCACCGACUUCUGCAGCAGCAGCAGCACCAACGGGAAACUCACAACUCUCGCUGGACCCCCUUUCUCUGCUGUCAAGCGUCAUUCUCGCUCCUCUGCCAGGGCAGGACGAGAGUCAAGUCGACAGAACCAACGGCAGCAGCAGCGCAGGAAGAGGCUCGCGGAGCUCUCUACUCUCGCUCCUCCCUUUGGCGUCUCGGGAAGAAUCUGCCAGCCUGGAGGCGCACGAGGAUACUCUCGAUAGCGUCUUGGCGCAAAAAGGCGGUGCUGAGGCAUCGGAGAAGCAAAGCGAGGCAGUCCACGCAGAAGCCCUCCUGCAGCAGGAGCAGCAGCACCAGCUGCGGCAAGGUGAAAUUGCUGUAGAUCAGUACAUCGACCCCGUCACUCUAGCAGCACACCUUUUAAAACAGGCGCAACAACGCCCCCUUACAGCUGAGUCCGCUGCAGCAGCAGACACGCCUACUAGAACACCAGCCGAAGAAAAAACAUCCACAGGAGCAAGAGCAGCAAGCGACGCUACAGUGGCAGCUAACAGACCUGUGGCAGCAGGUGCCACAACUUCUCGCGUCUGGAUCGCUGCAAUCCUCGGGGUUGCGUGCGACGUUCCCUCUCAGGGGAAGCUCUCCCCAGGAUGCCUUUAA